AUGAACGCGUGCGUGGCCAACUGCAGCGCGCCCGGCGCCAAGGCGACCAGCAUCAUGCGCCGUGGGCCCUGCAUGCGCACGCGUGGGAUGCUGCCGCGAUUCCGGAUGAUGAGACACAACAGACCACUAGGCGUCGGCACCCCGCGGUGCCCUCUGGCGCACAGGCACUCGAGCAACAUGCACGGGCGCUCGGUCAGCGCGGACCUAGCCGCGCACGUCGAGCUCUCGCACGGCGGCAGCGGAGGCCACGGGGGACAGGGAGGCGGGGGCGACGGCGGGGGCGAAGACGGCGACUCCGCCGGCGACUACGGGGGCAACAGAGGCGGCCUCGCCUCCUGGGUGGCGAACUACUUCUCCUCGCGCGCCAAGGCGGAUCCGAACUUCGUGUUCAAGAUCUUCUGCGAGUGCGCCAUCGACUCGUCCAUCAUCCUGGGCGUCAACUACACCAUGCGGGACUGCAAGCUCCACAAGUGCAUCCGGGACCUGGACUUCAUCUGCUGCCACCUCGCAGUCAGCCUCCUCUGCGACAUCGCCCUCGUGUCGAUGCUCGCGCCCGCCGCCGGCGUCAAGCGGCUACCCAAGUCCACGAUCGGUCGCGCGAUCGCGCAGCUGCCCACGUUCGUGUUCGAGCCGGGCCUCUUCUCCCUCGCGCAGCGCAUCGGGUGCUUCUUCCACAAGGCCGUGCUGUACGGCAUGGUGGGCUACACGAUGGGCUACAGCGGCACGAAGCUGGUCAACACGAUCACUGACACGCGCGAGAUCCUGGACCCGGACUUCGUGCCGCCGCGCACGGAGCAGGACCCCGUCCGGACCGCGACGGGGUGGAUUUACUUCAUGGGGAUCAGCAGCAACGUGCGGUACCAGCUGAUCGGGGGCGCGGAGCUGCUGGCGUACGCGCGGUUGCCCGGGCUGCUGUCGCGCGUCGUGAGCAUAUCGAUGCGGUUCUCGAACAACGUGUUCGGGGCCAAGCAGUGGCUGGAGCUGGCGCGCAUCCUGGGCUGCGAGCGGCCGCGCGAGAGCAUCCUGGACGCGACGCCGCCGGCGAAGCGGAAGAAGAAGCACCACAAGAAGAAGAAGAAGCACCAGGAAAAGCACGGCCUCGCCAAAUUGAAGUUUUGGUCCUAG